GUCAGAGGCCUAACCAGCCCUAACCUCCAAAUGUGCAAUAAUCGCAGAGAUGUUUUCCUUCAGCCCACCAAAGCCGCCGCCGACGCCCGAAGGAGAUAAGAGAGUAUUUAUGACUGAUCCUGACAUGGAUAAAAUAGCUAUACAUUUCGUCGGCACUCAACAACGUUUCAGAGACAACAUCAUUAUACCUAGAGUAAUGGGCCCCGUCAAGAUAAAGACAAAUGAUGAGAAACUCAUGGAGUCUGUCAUGGAGAGCUGCAUCUUCAAAAGCUUUAUGAGUUGCGUUAUGGGCUACGGUCUUGGCGCAGCUAUCGGUCUGUUUUCUUCCAGUGUAAAUCCAAACGUUGCUAGCGUGGAAAAACAGCAAACAGCACGUGAAAUAUUCAGAGAAAUGAAGACGACAACACUUGGAUAUGCCAAAAACUUUGCUGUUGUAGGAUGUGUGUUCUCAGCUGUUGAAUGUACCAUAGAAUCAUACAGGGGAAAGUCUGACUGGCGAAAUGGUACUUAUGCUGGUGGCGUGACAGGUGGACUUAUCGGUCUCAGAGCUGGACUCAAGGCAGGUCUUGUUGGUGCUGCAGGUUUUGCAGCAUUUUCAACAGCGAUAGAUUACUACAUGCAUAAAUCUUGAAUUCCUUAGACAAAAAUAGAUUAUUUAUUGUGUAAUACUUGUUAAAUGUAAAUAACAUGCAACAAUAGUGUAAUAAAAGUUGAAUAAGUCAUUUUUAUAUGUCAAUAAUAUAUAUUUUUUUCGAUUUAAAAUAUAGAGAAGAUCAAAAUUUUACACAGGAUAAGACUUAAUUUUUAGAUUAAAAUCACUUGGCUUGACGAAGGAGUUGUCAAAAUCUAUUAAUCUGUAUUAAAAUAGUUCAUAUACAUUUGUUUUGCAUUACAUUUUCUUACACGCUCAUAGUACCUACCUAAUUAAAGAUUUGCAAAAUAGUUGACAAUUCCUUGGUCAAACUUCACUUUCUCAAUGCCAAUAAAAAUGAUAUUAGGGUAAUAUAAUGAUGCCUCCUAAUGAAGGUUAGGAAUAAUAAAAGGCUUUCACUUAGAAAAUGCAAUUGUACAAAGCCGAAAAAUUCCACUUAAACAGAGGUGACAAAAAUAUUAUAUGUAGAUCAGUACAGAUUAAAUGCGUCGUCACAACGAACAAUUAAACCUAUUUUGUUUAUAGAAAAUAUAUACUUUUCUCUCAUUUCCAAAAUUCGCCAAUACCUAAUAAGAUUCUAAUUGCUUGUUAACAUUUAGGAAUUUGCAUUACCUAAAACUGGCAGUAUAUUUAAUCAUAACUUUGAUAUGAGGAAAAUUUGUACGAAUUAUGAGAUUUUUUAGCUUCAUAUCCCACACACAAUAUGGAACAUAUUUCAACAUACAUGUGGACAUGUGGUCUUUUCAUUACGAUUGCAAGCAAAAACUAAUGGGUAUCAUUCAGGAUAAGAAAUUGGCUAAUCUUCUUGUCAGGAACGGCUCGAUAUCGUCAUAUUUACUCUACCUCGGAAAGUUUAUUCUGAAAGUAAUUUUCACCAAGUAAUUAUGUAAAAGUGCGGGUUGUGCUGAACAAGCUGGCUAAAAGGAUACACAUUUCGUAGAAAAAAAAAUACUGCAAGGCACUCUUCAUAUUUCUUUUUACAAUGCACACAGAUAUGUAAGUAACAAAUGUUAUGUGUCUUGGUUAUUUUUUUUUUUGGUUUAGCUUCUAUCACUCAAUAUGCACGUCCCACAGCACAUAAACA